AUAUAGGUGAUGUGUGCUGGGUUGAGACCCUAAAGUUCACGAGUCUUAAUGCCUUGCAUCCAGAAUGUGACCUAUGAAGGUAAAAUAAGAUAAACAUGAGGUCAUUAUGGUGGGCACUCAACUCUUUGUGACCAGCGUCUUCUGAGAAGAGUUGGAUAGCACAGACACAUUUAGAGGGUGCUCCGUAAAGACACAGAAAGAAGAUGGAGGCAGUGAGAGGGGCCUCAAGCAAUAAGCGCCUCGGUGACACUUUGAUCAUGAACUUGGAGGCUACAAGAUUGCAGGAGAGUAAUUCUGUGGCUGAAGCCACAGACUGGCAUUUUAUUAUGGGAGCACCAUCAAACCAACACAACCGGGAAGUACAGAGGUCAAGCAGGUUGAGGUGGUACCCAAGUGAAUGAUAAAGACCUGGGCUUCACCCACCUAUCAUCCCUUCCAGUUUCCAGAUGCUAGGAAUUGGAGUCUUGGUCUUUUUGCUAUACAGACGACAGGUCCCUAAGGACUGUAUAAGUACACCUGAGAGGCAACUGGAGUCCUGAGGGUGGAUCGUUGGUGUUACUUUCCCACAGGUUCAGACCUUUAAGAACCACAGGGUAGGCAUGGAGAAAUGUAUCUGUGGAGAAAUGGAUGUCUGGAGCAGUGACAUCCACCACAGGAGGCCAGAGUCCUGCUCCCAGGGCUCACAGGCUAUGCUCCGCCCUCAAUUGCCACACAGCUUCUUGAGCAGCUUGAAGGAUGCUCCUCCCUUCUUUUCUCCCGCUCUCCUAGAACGCCGGUUCCCCAGGAAGGGGAGGAGUUCUUCCUGGUGCGGAGGCCACCGUCGCCAAGGCAACGCUGGUUUACUGGGCCCAACGGAUUACACGGCCUGGGGCUGCAGGCGGCCGCGUGGCCUGGGGGGCAGCGCCAGCAGCAUGGACAGCUUGUACGUGGAGGAGGUGGCCGCCUCCCUAGUCAGGGAGUUUCUUAGCAGAAAGGGGUUGAAGAAGACGUUUGUGACCAUGGACCAGGAGCGCCCCCGCUGUGAGCUCAGCAUCAACAGUAGAAACAAUCUCCGCAAAGUUCUCCACCUGGAGUUUCUCUACAGGGAGAACAAGGCAAAGGAAAAGCCUCUAAAAACAAACCUUGAGCUCAUUACCAGAUACUUUCUGGCUUAUUCUGGGAACACAGACAACUUAAACCAAGAAGACCCAAUCCCCACACUUCCGGUUCCAAAGAAAAAUAAUAAACUGUCUUCGAGGUGCUCAGAGACCACCCUGGUGAAUAUAUAUGAUCUUUCAGAUGAAGACACAGGAAGACGGAUGUCCUGGUCAGAAACAGGCAAAGCCAGGCAUGACAAACAUGAUGGGGACAUACUUGGUAAUUUCAUAUCCCCCAAAAAGAGCCCACACAAAAGUAAGCCUGCGUACACGGUCCUGGGUGACAGCCUCCCUUUGGUUUCUGCGUGGGAGAAGGUGGAGCAGCUUCACUCAUCAGAGCCUUGCACAGAUGUGAAGAGGGCAGCGGAGAGGACCAGGCCAAAGUCUGGCCUGAUCGUCCGAGGCAUGAUGGCCGGACCUGUCGCCAGCUCCCCGCAGGACUCUUUCCACAAGCGCUCUCUGAGACGGUCCUCAUCCUUGAACAGGAAGCUCCAUGCCCCAGAGGAAAGCCAGCAGCCGUCUGAGGCUCUUGUCCACACUCCAGCCUGUCCAGGGCCACAGGAGGUCCCCACUUUGAGCAGUGACUCCAUCUCCAGGAGCCCCCUGGGCCAGCUGAAUGAGCUGCCUGUGGAGAAGCCAAAUGCCACUUCCAGCAGCCAAGAGCUGUCCCAGAGAAACAGGCCCAGGCCCAGAAGUGUUUCAGAGGAUGGCCCGUUGGGAUACAGCCACACAGAAACCAGCACAACACCUUCGAAGCUGUACUUGCCUGAUGGGAAUUCCAGGAUGACCCAGGAGCAGCUGAAAAGAGCAUUCAAGCGACAGGGCAGCCAGCCCCCAUCUCUCAGGAAAAAUCAAUUGGUGUCUGACAAGGCCGGUGAUAAGCCAGAUGCCCUGAGGCUAGAGGAUGUUGAGGAUGAACUCAUAAAGGAAGACAUUGUCCUGACCCCACCUCCAUCAUUGCUCAAGCUGCAAACUGUAUCAAAGCCAAUUGAUCUCUCAUUGGCAAAGGAGAUGAAGACCCUUCUGUUUGGCUCUACCUUUUGCUGCUUCAGUGAAGAGUGGAAACUUCAGAACUUUUCCUUCAGUGACACGGCCUCAUUGAAAUAUGGCAUUGUGCAGAAGAAGGGUGGUCCCUGCGGGGUUCUGGCGGCUGUUCAAGGCUGUGUGCUGCAGAAACUCCUGUUUGAAGGAGACAGCAGAACCAACUGUAAUCUCCGGCUGCAGCCCUCGGACGCCCAGAGGACCCAUUGCCUUGCCCUGGCCAUUGCAGACAUCUUGUGGCGUGCCGGAGGGAGAGAGCAAGCCGUGGUUGCGCUGCCUUCAGGAACGCCACACUUCAGUCCAACAGGGAAAUACAAAGCAGAUGGAGUCUUAGAAACACUCACACUGUAUAGUCUGACCUGCACUGAGGACCUGGUGACUUUUCUCCAGCAGAGCAUACAUCAGUUCGAAGUGGGACCCUAUGGUUGCAUCCUGCUCACCUUGUCUGCCAUGCUGUCCAGAUCGCUGGAGCUUGUCCGCCAGGACUUUGAUGUGCCCACCAGCCAUCUGAUUGGAGCUCACGGAUACUGCACACAGGAACUCGUCAAUCUUCUCCUGACCGGGAGAGCCGUGUCCAAUGUUUUCAAUGAUGUAGUGGAGCUAGACUCAGGCGAUGGGAACACCACACUUCUCCGAGGCAUCGAGGCACGCAGCGACAUUGGUUUCUUAUCUCUCUUUGAACACUACAAUGUUUGCCAGGUGUGCUGCUUUAUGGACCAUGUGAUGGACCUCUUCCUGACCCCAUACCUGAGUGACACCCCCAGUUCAUGGAAUGCAGAUGUGUGGGGUCUAACCGCCUGGAGAGGAAAGGGGACAGUUCCUUUCUGAUUGUGUUGCUGUCAGGAGUAAAGCAGCAAUUUGACCCUGUGGCCAACGAGAAGCCCUGAGAGCCUGGGGGCUCUAAUCGUCUCCAGCCUGACAGUCCAUGGCCUGAACAGGAUGAGCUUGGCCAGUUUCAUAGACUCCAGGCUAACCAUGGUCCCUGAUGUCUUCCUAUGGUCCAGGCUUCCUGUGAAAAGAAUAAAAUAUUACGAUUUGGUCAGUAGAGGGCAAAUGAUGGGGAAAAUCGUCAAGACAAGACCACCUUUCACGCAGAAUGAAGUUACUGUUGGAGAAACUUGGGGCCAAUGCUGUUUUCUCAUAGAUUCCUUGAAUCGACACGGCCCUUUUUGCUGGCCAAACUGGGGAGUACUGUCCCCUGUGGAGAGCGGGUACUUUCUUGUGUUGUCCCGUGGCAGGUCCACUACAGAUGGGAUUCUAGUUCCCACCUUCUCUUUCUCUCAAGAAGUCCUCAAGGCUGGGUCUUGACCUCUUCUCCCCUAACGACCAUGUAGGGCCUGGCAGCCUUCUCCCUCUUGACACCACCUCCCCUCCCUUCUGUCCCUAGGUUUCAAAUUAAUGGAGAGAGGUUUGUUUACUCAAUAUAAAAUAUUACAGGAGACCUAGGCUUGUGAUAUGUGCCUGUAAUUCCAGCACUCAGGAGGAUCUAGAAGCUAAGGCUAGCCUGGGGUACACGUGGAGACCCUGUCUCACAGCAACAACAACAUAUAAACAACUACCCCCCAAAACCAAAAGCUGAAAAAUUAACCCAAACAACAAAACUACAAGAGAGUCAUAGCAAUUGGUUGUUCAUUGAUAAAAAUCUAGAAGUCUACCAGUCAUUUGGCAAAUAAAUACAUGAAAAAUCGCUCACAUCACACUCUAGCAAUCAAGACAUGCGAAUGCAUUAGCCUCACAGUUUGUUUAUCAGGUCCACAAGAAUGAGACGUAAAAGGUGCAAGAAAUGACGGAAGGAGGCUUGACCUGCUACAGCAAAUUAAAAGACCUCAAAUCCUUGACCUCAAAACGCUGGCUCUGGAAGCUAUUCUCCUGAGAUAUACUACAUCCUCUAGCAUGAUUCUAAAGCUGCCCAUUUGCAUGUUCAGAAACAGGUCAUGGCUAAGGCCAUUCUUACUGACUUAUACUUUGUCAAAACUCAUAGUAUAUAUUGUCGAAUUGGAGAAAUCUGAACGGCAUAAGAUCUCAGGAGCUAGGAAUGUGGCAGGGUAUUAUUAUUAUUUUUUUUACCACAAUCGCCCGAGUUUAUUCUUCAACACUAAAAGUAAGUUUAAAAGUUCAGAAUGAUAAAAAACAAAUGAAAGCAGCUUGUGAAGGUACAGCGUGGCCCCCAAGAGAGGGCACGCCCAGCUCCCUGAGACCCCUAAGGAAGUUUCUCUGGAAAAUGGUCUGCUCGUGGAAAAGGCUUGUGAAUGAGUCCACUCAUUUGUAAGCCCUCUGGGCAGUGUUUUGCUCUUAAUCUUUUGACUGUUGUUUAUAAAUGGCAAGCUGCCCUCUGCCCCUCAUUUGGAAAAUUCAGGAGCUGAUGGUGCCCAGGCCUGCCCAUGGCUGGCUUGAGGCUCCUUCCCUGCCUGUUGUGAGUGAAUCCAGUCCCCGGCCGUGCCUCCGACGAACAGCCUCUUUGGAGCACAGAAGGGAAGCUAAGUUGGGUUAUGCAGUAGUCAGGCAUGCCCAAAUGCGAGCAAGCCUGUGGGCCAUUUGGGUGACACACAGCUGAGCAGAGAGUGUUAGGCUGAGUGUCACACAGGGCUGCCUGAGCGAAGAGGGUCUUUAUUUUAGUUAAGAAAGCAGCUAGCCCUUGUCAGCGUGGUCUUCCUGUGCUCCACUUUCAUAGGAAAGUCCUUCAUGGAGGACUUCCCGAAUGCAGCCCUUCUGUCCCAGGUACCUUCAGCAUUACCUCUGAGGUGGGAGCUGCCUCACGAUUCUGUGGUGGGUCCUAGAGCAAGUAUGCCCUUCUCCACAUUGGAAAAAUAGCUUCCAUUCUUUCCUUAAUCCACAACGGAGGCUGUAAACACCUGAGCAGCAAAUAUCUCAUCUCCUGGGGGAGGCUGUGGAUUAGGCAGGACCAGCUCAACAUAGCUGAAUAGCCUAGCAUGGGCCAGCGAGGUGCUGCCUGGGGCACACAUAGAAGAGUGGGUAGUGGGUAGCCUGUACAAGGGGUCAGCAAUAGGAUAUCUUUUUGGAGGAGGUCUUGUGCCACUGUGCUGGGGGGGGUCUCUGGUUUGUUACCACACAUCCUUAGCCAGCCAUGAGAGUCCCUGGCUGGGGACUUGUAGAGAGACUUUUUGCUCUGUGUUCCAGAGCUGCCCUGGCCUCCUCCUCCAGACUCCUUCACCAAACAGCCCACUGCACCCUGAAUUUCUCAGACGUACAACCCGACACCAUAAACUGCUCACUCAUACCCUCUUGCCUGGCUCCCCAGAGCUCCCAGUCCUGCCUGUCUUCAAUGCAUAGUUCUGGGUGAAGUCCACUGUUAGUCCUGAGGGCCUUCAUUUUUUAAUCAUUUGUUUACACAUUGGGGAGGCUCUUGGUAGGGGUGCAUAUGUUGGUGUCUCCAGGGAAAAGACGGACUAUGGUGCUGGGGUUGAGGCACUGGUUGCUCAGUGACAUGCCCCUGGGAACCAGAAGGAUACAGGGAUGUACCAACUGGGGUGGUACAGCUCUCCCGAGGAAGGACACAGAAUGGGAAGGCCCAGGGAUAGGGGACCAGAGUGACAGUGAGAAGUGCAGCAAGAAUCAGGAGGUCAUGGCUGAGCCACACACAAGUGAGGUAUGGGAGAGACUGGAGGAGAGGAGUGGGUUAGAGGACGGUGGGCGGUGGCGUGGACGCCACCUGGAACCGAUGCUGCGUGUGAAUUCCCUGUAAUCCUUGUGAGGGGAGCCAGCUCUAGAAGGUGUGUCUGGGCAGCAGGCAGGAUUUCUAACACCACACCAAGGGUUUCUGGGAAGUCAGCCUCACCUCAACCAGUCAGCACAGUGCAUCAGGUCUUCCCCUCCUUCAGGUUGGCUGCUUUCUGAAGACUCCGAGGUUCCCCAUCUGGGUGGUGUGCAGCGAGAGCCACUUCAGCACCCUCUUCAGCCUACAGCCAGAACUCCUGUCCGACUGGAGGGCGGAGCGGCUCUUUGACUUGUAUUACUACGAU